AUGGCAGCGUUCUCGCACCUGAUCCGGUUCGAAGCCGAUGAUGGCAAGACUUAUUACGGUGACUUGACAAAGGAGACGCCAACAAGAGAAAUCCAAGGGAAGGAAGUCGAGGUGCUCGAGGGCGAUGUGAAAAGCGGGUUCAGCAAGAAGGGCAGCAAAGCCAAGGUAUCGAAGCUGUUAUGUCCGCUGCCAACAACAAACAUCAUCCUUUGCGUGGGUUUGAACUAUAGGCAACAUGCUGAAGAGUGCAACCUCACGAUCCCCUCCAAUCCAGCCAUCUUCAUGAAGCCUAGCGAUGCUCUAGCUGGACCUCUUGACGACAUACCAAUCCACAAGGACUGCCAAAGCAACCUAGACUACGAAGGAGAGCUUACCAUCGUCAUCGGCAAAGACUGCAAGAACGCCACCGCAGACAAUUGGAAAGACUACAUCCUCGGCUACACAGUCGGCAACGACGUCAGCGCACGAAACUUCCAGCUCCCUGCGUCCGUCUCUGGUGGUCAAUUCGGCUAUGCAAAAUCCUUCGACAAGUUUGCGCCCAUUGGGCCGUGCAUCGCUAGCAAAGAGGUGGUUGGCGAUCCGCAGAAGUUGAAGUACUGGACUAAGGUCAAUGGAGAGAAGAGGCAGGAGACUGGGACGGAUGAUAUGAUCUUCACGAUUGGCGAGAUCAUCCAGCAUCUCAGCAGGGGUACGACGCUUAGGUCCGGCACUGCGAUCUUGACUGGUACGCCGAGUGGAGUUGGACUGUUUAUGGAGCCGAAAGGGUUCGUGAAGGAUGGGGAUGAAGUGGAGAUCUAUGUGGAGGGCAUUGGAAGUAUCAUCAACAAGAUGAAGUUUGAGUGA